GCCUCCAGGGAACGCUCUGCACAGCAAGUUCAGCGCGGCAACUCCUGAGAAGCCCCUCUGUCCACAGUGGGAAUAACUGGUGAUCUUGAGGGUGGGAGAAGGAGCCGCACUCAUCCACCUCCGGGGACGAGGGUCAGGGAAAGUUAAUAGAAAGCAAAAUCCACAAGCAGCAAGGGUGAUUGGGGCAUGUACACCGCAGCCUGAACCCUGGUGAGACUCUGUUGUUUGGUUUUCUCAGGAUACCCUUUCCUGACCAAGGGUAUCUCCAGGUCAUCUUGAGAAGGGAAGAAGAUGACUAUGAUGGAUCACCAGUACCCUUCGUGGAUCUUUGUCAAUGAGAGGACAUUCAUAACCAGGGAACAACUUAAUUCUUUAUUGAAGAACUAUAACAUUUUUUAUGAGAACCAGAAAAACCUGCAUAUUUCAUAUGGACAGACUGAAGAUGGACAACUGAUCCUUGAAGGAGUGUUGGAUAUUUUCUGGGGGGUAAAACGGCCCAUACAGCUGAAAAUACAAGACGAGAAGCAAAUUUCUUCACUUGCUCUAUUGAAAUCACCAGAAACCUUUGCCAGAAAAGGGAGAAUGACUCGCUGGGGGGAGUUUGAUGAUCUUUAUCAUAUUAGUGAGCUGGACAGAACCCAAAUCCCAGUGUCCGAAGGAAGGAAUUCCCAGGAAGACUAUUUAUCUUAUCACAGCAGCACUCUGAAGCCGUACGCAGAGGAAGAGCCAGAAUCCCCAUUGCUCUACAGAACCAUGAGUGAAGCAGCUCUGGUGAGGAAAAGGAUGAAGGCUCCAGUGAUGGACAGAAAAGACAGGCAGAGCCAUAGGGCCUCCAUUAACGGACACUUCUACAACCAUGAGACAUCUAUUUUCACCCCAGCCUUUGGAUCAGAAACUAAAGUCAGAAUAAAUAGUAACAUGAGAACAGAAGAAGUAAUAAAACAACUUCUCCAAAAGUUUAAGAUUGAGAAUAGCCCUCAGGAUUUUGCUCUUUACAUUAUUUUUGCAACCGGAGAACAGAGAAGACUACAGAGAACAGAUAUUCCACUACUGCAGAGACUCAUACAAGGACCAUCCAAAAACAAUGCUCGAAUUUUCCUCAUGGAUAAAGAUGAAGAAGAAAUUAGCAGUAAUGUGGCUCAAUACAUUAACUUUCACUUUUCUCUCUUGGAAUCCAUUCUUCAAAGAUUAAAUGAAGAAGAGAAAAGAGAGAUUGAAAGAAUAGCAGCAAAAUUCAGUGCUGAAAGGACCCUUAUACUGAAAUGUCUUCAAAGUAAACAAGUGAUGAAAACAGAGACAGAAGUUUAGCAGCAAAGGCCUCUACUGCUAGCCCACCUCAGCAUUCAAAUAUAUAUGACCCCAAAGCUAUAGAAAAUUGAAUGCCAAUCAGCUUGUUUCUCUUUGAAAUGAUGAGGUUAACGCCACUUCAGACUUGGACUAAAACAGGAUUAAACUUAGUUUCAGUAACUGAAAGAAGCUCGGAUACUGUGUAUUCCAAAUAUCUUUUACAGUGAAUCAAGUAAUGAACUCAGAUUUCAGUGGCCUCUUCUCAUAUCAUACAGUUUAGAGUUCUUUAAGCUUGCACUCUCAAGAGAACUGCACCAUCAACUGACUCAGAGAUGAUGGGAAUUAAAAACUUCCGGCUCUGGCCAUCGACAAGCACAUUCUUACACCACCAUGGAUCUGAGUGUGGCUGUGUUUCACAGCUCUGCAAAUACUCUGGCAUCCUCAUACAAUUUAAAAACAUAUUUAUAUAAUUGAUGGUUUUUAACUGUAAUACCAGAGCUUUUUGUCCAUUGGGAAUAAAAAGAUUUUGGACUCUACAUAUAAAGAAAUCUAAAUUUUAAUUUUUUCAAUCUAGACCCUCCAUUUGCUUCUCUCUCUCUCUCUCUCUCUUUCUCU